UCGGCAUUUUCUAGUACACUUAUAUUGGGAAUACCUUGAUUAUUAUUGCUUUGAUGGAAGUAUGGAGUUACAUUACGUCAUUUAUAAACAGUAGGUCCUAAAGGUUCUAAAUAAAAAUUGUACGGGUUGAUUCAGUUUUAAAUUUAGCACCUUAACCACAAAUAAAAUACCCAAUUUAUCUUGGUGAGACAUCAUGUGUAGAUCAUAAACUGUUUACAAUUUACAAUUACACAAAGGGAUUAAAUAACAGACACAAUGCAAACAUUUUCUAAAAGGACAAAUAAACUCGAUUCACGAAAUGACCUUUAAUUAACUUACGCCCAACUAUGUCCACCGUUUUAGUUACUCCUAUAUUAACAAAAUCAAGGUUCAUGGUUACUUUAUUACUUAAACACUUAAAGCAUUAGGUAUACAUGUGAAUAAAAAUCGCACUCAUAUACAAUUCUCAAGAAGUUUUUUGCAAGCAAACGGUUUGUCCAUAAGCAUAAUUGCAAGAGAGAUGUCUCCGAGGGCGGAUUUCUUGAAAGUGUGUUGCCUGAUUUGGACUAUCUUAGGUUUCGACGGUACCUUUGCCGACGAUCUACCGCUAGUCCAAACUUCCCUAGGCAAAAUUAGAGGGUUUCACAAGUCCUCUUUUGGUGGUCGGAUAUUUUCAGCGUUUGAAGGCAUUCCGUACGCAAAACCACCCGUCGGAGCUCUACGCUUUGAGGCACCUCAGCCGGUGUCACCUUGGGAUGAAGUGUUAAAUGCUAACGUCCGUUACACUUGUAAGCAAGCAGACAACCCGUUUAUGCCUCCGGACAGUGGCCAUAAUGAAGAUUGUUUAUAUUUAAAUGUCUACGUGCCUAAAAAGCAGCCAUCGGAAAGUGACAAUUACGACGUGAUUGUCUACAUACAUGGGGGUGCAUUUAUGUUUGGAGCUGCUUCACAAGCCGGUCCUAAGUAUUUAAUGGACCGUGAUGUUAUUUUCGUAAGUAUGAAUUAUCGACUCGGUGUUUUAGGGUUUCUCACAACCGAAGACAGCGUCGUACCUGGUAAUAAUGGGCUUAAGGACCAACAGAUGGCACUGAAAUGGGUUCAAGCGCAUAUCAAGCAGUUUGGUGGUAAUCCCAAGUCUGUUACGCUGAUGGGAUUAUCAGCAGGUGGUGCUUCGGUUCAUUUCCAUUUCUUUUCACCACAAUCCAAGGGACUGUUCCAUAGGGCCAUAUCCCAAAGCGGGACAGUGUUAAUGCCGUGGGCAAUUCAAGAGAGCGGGUUACAAAAAACGAGAGAACUUGCCGAGUCAUUAAACUGCCUGGACUCUGAUACGCGAACCCUUAUUGAUUGCCUAAAGGCGAUACCUGCAGACGAUCUCUUGGCGAAAACAAACAAUUUCUACCAUUUUGCAAUGUUCCCUCUGGCACCAUUUGCACCGACUGUAGAAGUCGACUCGGAGUAUUCAUUCUUAAAGAAGCAUCCGUACACGCAGCUGAAUGAUGGAGAUGCCAUCGAUGUUCCAUGGUUAACGUGGAUUGCUAAAGACGAAGGAAUUUUAGGAGCUAUGUUUGUAACCAAUAUGUUGGACCAUGUAGAGACAAAUUGGAAUGAAUUGUCAGAACAUAUGUUUGAUUAUAAACAUGUGCACACUAAAUCUAACAAGCACGACACCGCGCACAAGAUUAAAUCGCACUAUUUCAAAAAUGAGAAGCUGUCCGAAAGCAAUCUCAAUACACUUGUUAAGGUCUUUAGUGACAGACUGUUCAAUGUUGGCUUUGAAACCGCAGUUCAUAUGCAAUCAGAUGUAUUCGACUCUCCAGUAUAUGCUGCCAUAUACGCCUUCGACAAAUCUACGGCACUUAAGGAAUUGCUGGGAUGCAAUUUAGAAGGUGUUGCUCAUGGCGCUGAAUCAGUUCUUCUGCAUGACACAGAAGUUGACCAUCCCGCAGCAGUUAAAAUAGAACUUUCCGAAUCUGAAAUUCUGAUGAAAGACUUGUUAAUUGAUUUUCUUAUAUCAUUUGCCAGUAAUGGUAAACCAACAUCAUCUGGCGUUAGUUGGGAGCCGCUAACCACUGAUAAUCCCAAGUAUUUACUUCUAAACGACUUUGAUGACGCCCAAAUGGUAGAAAUACCAGAAUUGAGCCAAAAAGAGUUUUGGGAAGGCUUGAAGUUUAUGGAAAACAAACGAGCUGAGAGUUUACGGGAAGAAUUAUAGUUUUUUUUAAGCAAUUAUAAUAUAGUUCAAAAUAACGAAUUAAAACAAAAGAUUUGUGUUGUAAUAAUUUUA